AGUUCGCCAUCAAACUCGCCAACAAGCGCAACGAGAAACGCCUCUCGUCGAUUGUCGAACUGACGUCGAUCAUGGUGGACGACAAACCGCCGAGGAUAAUCGACACGACGGCUCAGAAGAUUGACCAGCAGAAGGCGGCUGCGGAAGCGGCCUGGUCGACGGCGGCAGCAGCGGCUACUGCCGGUACUACCAGCAACGGUACCGGCGGCAGUGGGGUCGGUGUUAAUCCGCCCAACGGAACGGCUCCCGGUGCGGCGGCUGCUGCUGCAGCUGUUGCUGUAGUCGGUAAUGGUAGUGGUGGUGGUGGUAGUGUAAUCAAUGGCAGCAGUUGCAGUAGUAGUAGUAGUAGCAGCAGCAGUAUAAGCAGCAGUCUAGGAGUCGCUAGCAGUGCUAGCGGCCUAGCCGUCGGCAGCAGCAACAGCAAUGGAAGUAGCAGUAGUAGCCUCAGUGCUAUUAGUUCCGGUAUCAGCAGUAGCAGCAGCAGUAGUAGCAGUAGCAGUAGCGGUAUCGGAAGCAGUAUUAGCAGCAGUGCGGUCAGUGUUAAUCACACCAACCACAACCUUUCGCUGCCACCGAACGUCGAUCCGGGUACCUCGGACGACAGUGGCCGAGCUUCGGAACGGCUCACCACCUCGUCGGUGGCCCAACGGGAUGCGGACAGCUCGCGGGAUCGGCUGAGCGAUGCCAGCAGUCGGUGCAGUUCCGGCAAAGGAUAUAUCUGUGAUAGUGAGGGAGACGAUGAUAAGGUAAAUUUGAACACCAUUUCCCAAAUGUUUUAUGAUGGUUUGAAGGUAAAUACAAAACACUACGUGAUGUAUGAAACCGGCAUUAAAUUGAAGUCCUCAUGUAAAGAGGAGUAUAAAAUUCAAUCAACACUGAGGAGAAGAACACGAAACGCAACUAUGACUUUACUUAAUUCAGGUUAUAAGUAAUUAUGCAAAAACUCGGGGGUUUAUGCUCAUCUGGAUCCCUAGAGAGGAUCAGCCUUUAAAAUGAAUUAAUUGGAUAAGCUGCCUUCCGAAUCCAGACAGACUAAAUUUUAGCAAAUUUUAGCAAAAUUCAGAAAUACAGGAAUAUGAAAACACAGAAAUUCAAAAAUAAACAAAUACAGAGAAAGCAAAAAUACGAAAUUGCAAAAAUACAAGUGUACAAAAAUACAAAAUAUACACAAAUAUAAAAAUAAUAAAACACGAAAAUACGAGAACACAAAAAUUUAAAUAUACAAAAGUGUAAAAAUACAUAAAUACAAAAAUAUAACAAAACAAAAACAAAAAAAUAGAAAUAUACAAAAAUACAAAAACACAAAACAUAAUAAAAAAUACAAGAACGCAAAAAUACUAAAAUACAAUGGACCAAAAUACACAAGCACGAAAAUUCAAAAAUUCUAAAAUUCCAGAAUACAAAAAUAUAAAAAUACAAUUAUACAUAAAUCCAAUGAUAUAUAUAAAUAAAUAUAAAAAUACAAAAAUACAAAAGUACAACAAUACAACAAUACAACAAUAUAACAAUACAACAAUACAACAAUACAACAAUACAACAAUACAACAAUACAACAAUACAACAAUACAACAAUACAACAAUACAACAAUACAACAAAGCAACAAUACAACAAUACAACAAUACAACAAUACAACAAUACAACAAUACAACAAUACAACAAUACAACAAUACAACAAUACAACAAUACAACAAUACAACAAUACAAAAAAUACAAAAGAUACAAAAGAUACAAAAAAUACAA